UUUAUUUUACGAAAAGCUCUGCUAUUGAGCGGUUGUUGGUCUCGGUGUACAGUUGAUUUUUUCAUUGUGUGCCGUUUGUCGUGCCUUUUAAGCUUCAUUUUGGCUUCAAUUUAUUGUCACUUAAACCCGUGCAAAAUCAAAAGAACGAAACGAAAUAAUCGUACGAUCCGAUAGCAACGAUCUGAUCCAUCUUUCACUGAUCUUUACUCUUAUUCAGUGUGUGAACACAGUAGUAUAGAGCGCUGUAAAUAAAGCGUGCGUGAGUGCGUUCGAGCGCGUGUGUGUGUGUGAAACUGUGUUAUACGAGAGUACUUGACCAACGAUUAUUUCGCAGAAUACAAAAUUCAAAUUUACUCUUUUGCCGUAAAUUGUUGCUAAAGGCUACGUGUGUAAACGUAAACGGUAACGCGCGAUUUUUGCAAAUAAAACGCAUGUUAUUUGCAAGUGCGUAUGUGCAUUGCAUGGUGUUGUUUUGGUGAUGGUCUUCUUAAAAGCAACAAAACAUUGUGUUGUGUUCAAUAAUAAAAGAAAUAAUUUUUAUUAGCAAAAAAAUAACACAAGAAAACACAAAAAAAAGAAUAACCAAAAAUCAAACAAAAUAUAAUCAAACAUCAUAUGCAAAACAUUUCAUUGAAUAUAAAACUCCAGUCAGCCAAAUCAACAAACCUACCAUUGGGAUUUAAAGGAAAAGAACAAUUUUUUAUCAAAACAAAUACAAAAAGCCGGAUACUUUCAUUUCAAAGCAAAGUCGGAGAGUUUGAUGUCUUUUAAAAGAUAAUUUUAUUGCUGAAAACCGAAGUGUGGACAAACCCAAAAGGGAUUGACGUCAAUCAACCUCUCUGCCCCAUUUACAUACAGCAGUAGCAGCAACACCAAUACCCUGAGGAUCCUCUGUACAUUUCUGAACCAACUUCCCUCACCACUCAACAGAGAGCAAAAGACAUAGAAACCCACACAAAAAUGACGAGUCCCACAACGACAAGACGAUCUUAUACAUGGUCCUGGGCUAUAUGCAGCUUCUUAUUGGUGUCUCUGGCAAACACAGCGACUACUUCCACCGAGCUAUCAUCAUCAUCAUCACAUUCAAGCUCGAGCAGCAGCAGCUCCAGCACAGAAGACUUAAAGGCUGACCAAAACUAUCUCUGCCCCGAUGACUGCCAUUGUGUCUUGGCCCACAACACACACAAGCCCUUCCUGCAUGCCAAAUGUAGCUCGCUCAAGGGUCUGAAGCCUGAUCAGCCGCUGGCCACUACAUUGCCGCUACAUUCCAUCGAUUUGUCUUUCCUCAAUUUGACUCGCCUCUCACAUUCACUGGAACAAUUGCACGAUCUCACCUCUAUUGAUUUGUCCCACAAUGAUUUGCAUGAAUUUGGCCACCUGGCUCGCCGCAUCAAGAAACUCAAUCUUAAGCAUAAUCGCAUUACCUCGUCCAAGCUGACCAAGUUGCCGCAGCAUUUGCAGAGUCUUAACCUGCAGCACAAUGACAUUACCAAUCUGCCCUUGGAGUUCACCCAAUUGUCGCAACUGCAGUCCCUAGAACUCGGCCACAACCCCAUCAAUUGCUCAUGUGAAACUCUCGAGGUACGCAAUUGGUUGCAGGAGCGCCAUGUCUUCAUGGAACACCCGGUGACUUGCUCCUACCCUGCCUUGUAUAAAAAUAAGCCCUGGCUAGCAGUCAAACAGUCGGCGGUAUGUGAUCAAGAGAAGAAAGGCUGGAUGCCCGCCGAGGAGGAGAACGAGCUGAUGAUGGGCGAUGACCCAAGGGUCGAGGCUUCCGGCGAUGUGGACGAUGAGGAGGAGGAGGAAUUGGGCAAGGACUACAUGCCUUUGGAAACAAAGACUACCACACCCAAAAAUUCACAGCAUGUAUUGUACGAAGGUUCCGGAGAUCUCAGCGAAUUGGAUGUGCCUUUGGACAUGAUGAUGUCAUCGACUCAGGAACCCGAGUUAAUGCAUGAAAGUAGCAGCCCCUUUGCCCAGGAAGAGGAGGAAGAGGACGAUGGUUCCGGCAGUGGUGGUGGCGUUUUGCUCUUCCCCUCAUUGCACAUCGACAAAGUGGUUACCGACGACUUUGAUAUGGCCGAAAACGAGGAGGACAAGGAUGAGAAUGAUGAUGACAAUCAACCCAUUCGCGAACCCCAUAUCGAUGCUGACAUUUUCAAACACCAUUUGGGUAUCUAUGAUGGUGAUGAGAAUAGAUCCACAGAAGCACCUGUCGAGGAGGAGGUCAUCAAGGCCGAGCAUGUUCCUUCACUGGCCGCCGAUGUUCCCGACCAGAAACCCAGCACUGAAGGUCCCGGCGUCGACAAUGUGGCCCAGGCCAAAGUUGGCGACCAGGAAGAAGGCAAGGCCACCUAUUUGCUGUGGGGCGUUAUUGUUUUCAUUAUUGUGGCUCUUUUGUUGUUUGUGGCCAUUAAACAAUGCAAAAAUAAGGGACGCAGGGGUCAUGAUGCUGAAAAUCCCCAAACUGAGCUGGUGCCCAUGGACAAGAAACAGCUGGGCAAACCUUUGCGCAAUGGUGUGCCCGAGCAUGUGCCACUGAUAGGAGAAAAAACCAAAUCGGAUAUGGCCAAGCCCAUAAAUGGCUCGAAGCCCUAUGACAAUGCCGAUGUCAAGGAUGGGCCCACUCAACAACAACAACCCCUAUUGAAUGGCGAUAAAAAUGGUCAUGCUCCCAGCGAUGAGGCUGGCUCGCGACCAGACUCUCAGCUACAGGCUCCACAUGAGUACUAUCCCAUAUCGCCGCGUUAUCCCACACCCCAGUCGCCGCGUGCCUCCAAAUACAAUCAACAAAAUGCAGAGCCCAACAACAAUGAUCCCAGCGAACCCUACCUGCCCUCUUCACCAAAAUCAGGGCGUUAUUCACCAGUCUAUUCGCCAGAGACGGGACGUGUAAAAAUCAAGUUAACCGAAACACCCAGACCCAAAACGCCCAUGCUGGUGACACGCAGCCGUUCAAAUGCCGGCGACAUAAUCACCACACCUCUGCGGCCUGCCUAUCAAACGGCAACACAAAUGGAAAGCUUCCAGCCGGCAGCGGUGCAUACAGCAGCAACACAUACCAAUGGUCAUGCAGGAGAACAUCAUUGAUGCAAAUGUUAAAGAUGCGUUUGAUGACCACAAUGAAAGCGGCAAAGACAAUGAUGACGACGGCGGCGGCGGCGGCGG